GGCGGGUGUGGGCUAGAUCGUAGACAGAGUUGGGGGACGCUGGUGAUCUGGCUCGCGCCAUGGCUUUGGCCUGCGAAAUGACCGCCGCUGGGCAAUGCUGUCAGCGGCAGCAUCUACAUCUGCAUCUGCAUCUGCAUCUCGACGGCGAACCCGUUGCCCAUCGCCGUGCCGCCAUUGCAUUCGGGCACCAUCACAUUCGAGCACCAUCGCCCGUCGGCAUCCCCCAGAGUCACCGGCGUCGGCGGGUGGUCCUGUCCGAGCCCGGCGGUCUUCGCGCCCGAUCAGACGGAAUGACACAGGCCUGGUCAUCGUCCUGGUGGCCUGAUGCAACCAGCAUCACCCCAGGCCCCAUCCCGCCAUAUAAAUCGGCUGCUUCGGGCUUGAUUCGUAGUCGGUAUCAUCAGCAACACCCACACCAGAGACAGCGAUAUCCCAGUCAGCAAUAUCCACCUACUAGCCUGUCAGAUCAUACAGCAUGCUGCACGACAAGCAAGCCCCCCAAGAGCCACCCAAGGACCGACAUCUCUCCAAGAACGGGUCCGACCCCCGCGGCCUGCCCAAGAAAGGAGGCUCCGGCGGCGCCCAUAACUGGGGCAGCUUCCAGGACGACGUUGACUACGUUAUGGACCACCCAAAUGCCCGAUCGAUCGCCAAGGACCACCUGCCGCCUGCGGCUGUGCAGCUGGUCAAUGAGAAAACCUUCUGCAAGCUGACCGGAAAGCCCAUUCCGAACCCCGUCCAGGUACCGCACUUUGAUACCCCAACGGUGGUCAAGGCCCACAAGAAGCGACAUCGCAGACGACGACAUCCGGCCGCUGCUGCUCCAGCCGCGGAUGCUGCCGCAGCCGUCGAUGCCGACCAAGUCGUCGAUGACCAUAGCGGCGACGACCAUAGCGAUGACCAUGACGACAAUGACGACCAUGACGAUACGGAGGAGCAUAUCCCAGCUGCAGACACCGCUGUCAGCGCUCACUAAGCCGCCGCG